AUGGUGUCUCCUGCGGAACUAUCACCGGAUCCGCGCCUGCGCGGCAAGACAGGCCAUUACGACAGAGACGAGAUUGCUUCUCAGCUAGGAGCCUUUUAUAAAUUCUUGCCUCAUAUUCCAUUAUCGUCCAUUCAUCGUGCACCUCCCGAAGGCUGGCCUUCCAUCACGGCCGAAGUCCUUGAGAAGCGGGGGAUCCACAAGACGCCCGAGGCCGUCGAGCUGCUCCGCCACCUGCCGUACAUUGAAGGCGAUCAUCCCUGGAUCGCGCCCGAGGCCUUUCCUUGCGACUAUCGGAUCCUGGGCGGUCAAGUGUCUUCCCGCGAUACUCCAGGUUGGGUCCAAGAUGUGCAGCAGGAUUCGGGAAAUGUGACGUCGCCCGACGGGUCCCCGGCUGGUGUAGAGAAGUGGCCACCCUGGGUGGUGCAGCUGACGACGGGCACCGAUCGCGAGGGGAGCUGCUACAUGCUCGAUACGACGGACGGUACCGUGACCAAGUACUGCGCCGUUGGGUACUUGUACGAGCCGACUUACAAUGAGGGCGAUCCACGAGCCUGGAGAGACCGUCUUUGCGGUGAGGACACUGUCACCUUGGUCGACCAAGUCAAUACAUGGCGAAGAGAGUACCACCAGUUGAGAUACCUCGGCAUCCCUGAUGCGGGAGACGGGAAUGGCUAUCCGAGUCUGCACUUUCAUAGAGAGGAAGAUGGGCCGGAUAGCUAUGACUGGAAAGAGACUGAGGAGUUGCGGUCGAUUUAUCGCAAGCACGGCUGGCCAGACAACUACGACAAGGAAACCUGUCGAGAGGCACUCAAGGCAUGGUACCUGGCUCAGUGA